AUCAAACACACAGCAGCCAAAAGCAGACGAGCGUGAAUAGAUUUACUUAUCGAUCAGUGUAAAACGGUUCACGUAUCGCCUAACUGAUAUUCCAGAGGUUUUCAAGAGUUAAUAUUCAUACAAAUAAUUGCAAGCAAAGAAGAUGUAUGUCAUUUUAUUGAGCUGUCUAGCAGCAGUGAUUCUACAGUUACUUCCGCCUGUUGUACUUAUAUCCAGUCCUACUAAACUCACAAGAGAAGUGGGACAAGAUGUGGUGUUCAUGAUUAAUAGUACAGUAAUGUCAGAAGCCACUUGGGGAGUACGAGAUGGUGAUACAAAUGCAGACCUGAAUCCAAGACUUUACCGUGUAUUUAACCCUGGUGGUGCAUUUCCAGACACCAAGAUCAAUUCAACUACUUACGCAGGAAGAGUCAGUUUUGUAGGUGAACUGACAAAGGGUCAGGCUUGGUUUAAGAUAACAAAUCUGAACAUUAAUGAUACCAAUCAGUACAUGGCAAGGGUAAUCCUGCAGGGAGAAUCAAGUUACAGAUUCAGUAGUGCUACAAGACUAAAUGUAAUACAAACAGUUGUACCUGCUACCACAAUACCUCUACAGACAUCAACAAAAGGACUCAGCACUACAGCUUCAAGCUCAAAAACCUCUCUUCGGCCAACAACGCAAGUGCCUCAAAUUUCAAACAGAAGCAUAUCAAUCAAAAUUGUGAAGAAAAUGUCUGGAAAUGUCAGUGAUGCCAACUCUGAUGCUUUCAAAACCUUUAGCGAAAUCUUUGUUUCUGAGAUUAACAUUAUCUAUCGAAAUAUCGAUAACUUUGAGGAAGCCAAUGUCACAAGUCUCAGUGACAAUAUUAUUCCUGUGAAGUUCGUUGUUUUCUUCAAGAACACUAUAAAACCAGAUGAAAUAUGUGCUCCACUUAAAGAUGCAGUGAAAGACAAUAGACUUGGAAGAUUCAAGAUAGUACCUGGUUCCUUAGAAUGCUCUAAUGAACCCAGCACGAAUUUCCCCAAGAAUCAAUCAAGUUCUGCUUGCACAUGCACGUCAAUCAUCGCAGCAUGUACAACUAUCAUCAUAUUCCUAAUUCUAGUUGUAGUGGUUCUGCUUUUCUAUAUUUGGAGAGGAAGAUCACAUGCCGAAAAAGGAGCAGAAAGCAGAAGGUCGUCAAGCGUAAAAGACAAGGACCUUGAAAGUUAUGAGAAUGUCCAUCAAAUGGAAGACACCUCACAAAGAACGACAACAAAAACAGCUCGAGCUUCAAAUGAAAAAGAAAUUUAUGAAACGAUAAAAGAAAAUAGAAAUAAAGACACAGCUGCGAUAAAAGCAAAUGUGAAACCCACGCCUGGACCAUCUGUCGGCGUCCAAGGUGACGUACCUCCAUUGCCACAACAUUACCAAGACCUUCAAAUAAAGGCAACACAUUCAACCCCACUGUAUGAGCCUCUCAAGCAACGCGGGGAAUUUGGUAGCAAAGGAGAGCUGGCUCCAGAAGAUCCUAAAACAUACGAACACCUGCAACAGAGUGCAUCAGGAAGAGAAUACCAGUCAUUGAAGCGUUAUAAGGAUAGCGAGAGUAAAGUGUGAUGCAUUAACUAUGCAGGCUGAAUACUUUCUCAUAAGCCACAAAAUAAUCAAAUGUUAUUGAGUUUUAAUAUUAAAAUUGUUGCAGCACGCUAUCACGUACCACCAUCAAUUUUAUAUCCAGUUGGUUUUGUUUAAUAGUUAUUAAAAGUUGAAGAAGUU